AUGUUCACUGUUCCUGCGGACAAGGUGGACCUCGACACACAUUUCAACAAUGAGGCGCGGCAGGCACUGUCAUUGGUAAUUCACUCCUCCCAUGUGACAGAAGCCGACCCGGCCAAGAGGGUCACCUUCUUCAAGAGCGGGGACACUCAGUUCGGUGGCGUCAGAAUGGCCGUUCACAAACGCAGCUUCAAGUGCUUCGACGCCCUCCUGGAUGACCUCUCCCAACGAGUGCCGCUGCCUUUCGGGGUGCGAACCGUCACUACGCCUAGGGGCACCCGCAGCAUAAACUGCUUGGAGCAGCUGGAAGACGGCGGGUGUUACCUCUGCUCGGACCGCCGGCACGUCAAGCCCAUCUGCAUGGAGACAUUCAGACGAAGGUCUAACGUUUGGCAUCCAGGUAACCCCCACGUCAUCCACAGGAAGCCCACCCGUCCAGAGGACGCACCCACCGCCCGCUCAAGUAAGCAGUACCACUGGCACCCCAAGACUAUUGUCCUGGUAAAGAAUAACGACCCAGCGGUGCGGAGAUCCAUCGUUCUCAGCAGGAGGACUACACGCAACCUCAAGGUCUUCAUUGAUGAGAUCUCCCAACUCAUGCAGUGCCACAUCAGAAAGCUUUACACGCUGGAAGGGCACAAGAUUGACAGCAUCCACAGCCUUAUGCAGUGCCCCAGUGUGUUAGUCUGCGUUGGGCGUGAGCCUUUUUAUCCACUUUUGGUGGAGAACUUGAGAAAGAGCUCAGAUGAGAAACUUCCAGGACUGACUUCAAGAUCACGGUCUUCUAUUUGCAGUGAAAACCACGAAAGCACGAAAAAUGCAGUCAAUUUUGGACUUGAGACAAAGAAAAGUAUCAUCCACCCAAGAUCAGAUUCAAGUAACAGGUCGACCCGAUUUUCCUCGUCAUCAGAAAAAUCAUGCCCCAAUGGACCGCACAUGGCUCAUGACCAUAAGGCUCAUGUUGGUACUUGUUCACAUGCACAUGACACACUGAUGAAUGAUGACAUUGAGAAAAGAGUUCUUGUUAAUAAAGAUGGGAGUCUGUCAGUGGAGAUGAAAGUACGGUUCCGUCUCCUUAAUGACGAAACCCUCCACUGGUCUACUGAAAUUAAGAAGUCAGUGGGGGACUGUUAAUGACUCUGCUUUCGGAAACAAAGAGUCCCAUUAUCUACAGCAAGGCAAUUCUGAAAGCUGUUCAGAUCCAGAAUCCAAUGUACAAGGUGAACAUGAAGAACUGUACGUAUCAAAAUGCAACCAGAGUUAUCUAGAUGAGUCCCGACAGUGCCGAAAUGACUGCCGUCAUUGCAAAGAGUACGACAUCUGGAAGAAUCCUUUGCAUGGAGACCAGAGGAGCAUCAGGCAUUUUAGAUCUUCAAGUUCAAAUGCAUCUUCCCAUAAAAUUGUAUGCAAAAAGGAAUCUGUGGAGAGCAUGGCUACAAUUUCUCAAUCCAGUGAAGAGUACGCAGAGCAUGUCGCACAAAAAGCAACUUGUUUUCAGCAGACUGUGAAGGCUGGGGAUACCAAAGUGGAAUAUCGUGCCGUCAGUCACUGCUGUAGCUGCAGUGAAGUCUGUGCAAAGUCUGACAGCAGAGGCUCCAUGGACGAAAAGUGUAAGAGUCCUGAGAAUGAUGAAACCAGCUCUAACAGUUUAGCCUCUGUAAGCAUCAGAAGUUCACAGAAAGAGAAUGUUAGAGUCGCACAGAUCUCAGAGGAUAGACCUGUAUCAGGAACGAGCAGCACCUCGAAGAUCUUGGAGAAACUCAAGGGGUAUCAGGAUGAUGAAGAUACUGAUGAUGACGAACUCCCACCAAGCAUAUCAAGAGCAUCCUUGUGGCCUCAUGGCGACGAUCCUGAUGAUAGGGGGAUAAUGGGAAGUAUUGCAUCGAAUUGCUCCAUCACUGCACACAAAUCAGUUUACUCUGUGAACCAUUUGCCACCCAAACCUCCAAACAAAGCAUCUUUCUGCUGUACUCAGUCAGGAAAGUCUAGACAUUACAGCACGUCUGUAUCUCCUAUGAUAGAGCUACUAGUAAACCAGGCUGAAAAUGAAAACA